AGAUUGAAAAGUAUUGUUCCACUUAAGCCAAAACUUGUAGAUAUGUGUUGGAAUUCAUGUUGUGCAUUCAUUGGAGAGAAUGCAGAUUGUAAUAUAUGUCCUAUAUGUCAAGAACCACGAUAUGUACCUGAAAGAACACCACUGCAACCUCGAAAGUUAUCUGCAUACUUUUCU